CCAAAAGAUAGGCCAAGUCACGUGAUUCAACUGAGCCAUGAGAUGAGAGUCAAGCACAUUUGUCAGUGUUCUGUAGCUGUGGCGAAGUGUAGCUCAACUUGAAAGGAUAAGGUCGACUACAAUGAAUUUAUUUCUCUGCACUCUGAGCACUCUACUUGUUUUGGCAGCUGGAAAGCCAUGCGCGCAGGACCAUGACCAGCUGUUACUCUCCCUCAAUAAGGAUCUGCUUCGCUCUGUGGAGGACAAAGAUGUUCUCCCCAAUCCCAGUGUGCAUCUGGCUCUGCGUCUCUCCACAACUCACAACUUAAAGAAGGAGGCUGAGCAUCUGAACAACCUCAAGACCAAGCUUCAUAAUGACAUUGAGAGCUCACUCAACAAGGGCCACGCAGUGCUGGGUCGCCUCGCUCUCUAUGUCCUGGCCUUGAAAUCCUCCUGCCAUGAUGUCAACAGUCUGACAUUCAGCGUUGGACAGAAAAGUGACUCUCUCCUCACACAUCUCAAGAAGCAAAUGGAGCAUGAGAAGGAUCAUAUUGCAUUCAGUCAAAGACCUUUGACCAAUUACUACCAGUAUUCCCUUGGCAUACUGGCCCUGUGUUUGAGCGGGGUCCGCGUGAACCCACAUGUUAGCAACAAGCUCAUACAUGCUGUGGAGCAUGGACUCAUCAAGCAUGGUGACUCUCUUUGCAUUGAUACACAUGCCAUGGCUGGGAUGGCCCUACAGUGCCUGAAGGAUGCUGGUUCUCAUGUGAUGGAUGCUGCUCAGCUGGGGAAGGCCCUGGUGACCAUCAAACAGAAGUUGCAGAGUUCUCAGAGAGCUGAUGGGCACAUGGGCAAUGAGUUCAGCACAGGGCUGGCUGUGCAGGCCCUGCUGGCUAUGGGCAGUGAGGUGCAGGCGUGUGCUGCCUCCAUGGAAGCCCUCAGAGCGGACGUCAGGAAGGGCACGUACCACAACGCCAUGGCCGUGUCCCAGACUCUCCCCGCCCUGCAGCAGCGCUCCUACCUCAGUCUGAAGGCCAUGGAGUGCAGGAAUGAGGAUGAUACUUUGGUCCUUGACGCAACAUCUCCUGUAAUAGUGCUUUCAAGCAAGACCAAAAUACCUCUGCAGGUGGAGGUAGUUAAGUCUGACGGCAAGGCAUCUACCUAUUCUGUUGAAAUUCCCAUGGGCUCAUCUCUCCUUGAGGCACUGACUCUUCUUCAGGGAAAUCAAGCUGGCUUCACGUUUGAGAAGGAGUCCAGCUUAUGGGGUCCCUUCCUGAGUUCUGUGAAUAAGGAGCAGGCACGUCAGUCUGACCGCAGAUACUGGCGCCUGUCCUCUGAUGGCAAGGCUCUCAGCCAGGGUGUCAUGGACUACAAGAUUGAGGCAGCCCAAAAAAUCACUAUCAAAAACACCAGCUACUGAUGUUGCCAGUAAAAUGUGCUGUAUGAUUUCAAUAAAACUUUUAAAGAAAUUACAUUAUCAAAAA